CCAUUUAUUUAUUGCUCUUCGUUUUCCGCCCUUGACUAGGAUACAUAAAAUCUUCUACGCCACCACCUGACUCACUGAGUACGCCAAAACUGAUGCCAAGUAAUAACGGGCCCCAUUCUGUAACCGAAAUGGUGUUGGACUCGGAGCUAAUCGCCCGCCUCUGGGAGUUCCUAGACGAAUCCGACCUGAACACCACCACCACCGCAAUCGUGCGGCGGAGAUUGGAGCAGGAUUUCGGUAUCGAUUUGACGGAAAGAAAGAAGUUUAUUAGAGAGCAAGUCGAUUUAUAUCUUCAAAACCAGUUCGAAAAUGCCGAAGAACAAGAAGAACAAGAUUAUCAGACGGACAAAAUUAAAUCAGAGGAAACCGACGGCUCUGAUUCGGACGAAGCAGAGGAGGAAACUGAAAGAGUGAGGAACAAAAGGGCCUCUUCAAUAAAACGGUCAAAAAGAGUCAAUAGUGAAGGUAAGAAAAGAGAAGGUGGUUUUAACAAAGCAAGCAGACUUUCCCCACAACUUCAGGAACUUUUAGGAGUCCCCGAAUUGGCAAGGACUGAGGUAGUCAAGCAAAUAUGGGUUUAUAUUAGAGAGAAAAAUUUGCAAGACCCAAUUAACAAGAAAAAUAUAAUUUGUGAUGAGCCAUUGCAUGCAAUUUUUGGUGUUGAUUCCAUUGACAUGUUUCAAAUGAACAAAGCCUUGUCAAAGCACAUCUUGCCCUUGGAUCCAGAUGAUGUCAAGUCAUUGGAGAAGGAAAAACCACGGAAGCAUGAAAGAGAAGUCAAAUCAAUGGAGAAGGAAAAACCAAGAAAGCACGAGAGAGACGAAGAUCCAGAUGAAGCAAAAGCGAAGGAAAAGCGACAGAAGGGAUUUCUUGCUCCUCUUCAACUUUCAGAUGCUCUGGUAAAAUUUCUUGGUACCGGAGAAAAUGAGCUUACGCGGGCUUCCGUAAUAAAGAGAAUGUGGGAUUACAUAAAAGAAAAUAAUCUCCAGGAUCCAUCUGACAAGAGGAAAGUAAUAUGCGACGAGAAGCUGAAAGAGCUCUUCGAUGUCGAAACCUUCCAUGGGUUCACUGUUACAAAACUCUUGGCUGCUCAUUUUCUCAAGGGCUGAUCUGCUUGAAUUGCAGGUAUUGUUCUCGUUAAGAAACAAGGAAUCCAUUCAUUGUUUUGCUUAGGAGAGGGGAUAUGUCAAUUGAGGCACUGUAUUUUAUUAAUUUAAGGUACAGGGUCCAUGUUUAGUUGACGAACAUACAAUCAACC